AUGUUCUCCAAGACCACCGUCGCUAUCACCAGCCUUCUGGCUCUCGCCCAGGCCAUCAAGGUCACCAAGCCCGCCAAGGGCGACGAGUGGGAUGCCUCCUCGAGCAACGAGAUCACUUGGGACACCGUCAACACCGACCCCAAGGAGUUCGAGAUCGUCGUCGUCAACCAGUCCGGCUUCCCCGAGGUCUCCACGACCAUCGCCACGGUCAACUCCGCCGACGGCAAGUACGAGCUGAAGGACACCGACCUCGCCGCCGGCGACCGCUACCGCAUCAACUUCCUGUCCACCGACUCCCAGAACACUGGCAUUCUGGCCCAGUCCGAGCAGUUCAGCCUCACCGACGACUCGGACGACACCUCUUCUUCCGCCUCUGCUUCCGCCACCGCCUCGGCCUCGGCCUCGGCCAGCGCCAGCGCCUCCGGCUCUGCCUCUGCCACCGGUACCGCUUCCGGCACCGCCACUGGCUCCGCUGCCUCCGGUACUUCCACCUCUGCCCCCAGCAGCGCCUCCGCCCUCAAGUCCACCUUCGCCAUCUUCGGCUCCGUCGCCGUCGCCGCCUACAUGCUCUUCUAA